AUGACCGACCGCGAAGUGCUGUUGGAGUCCGUUGUGUUGAUUGCCGCGGGCUCUGGAAUAAUAGGGGUCGUGACGAUGAUCUUCCUCAGGUGGGCGGUGAUGGCAGACCCCGAGAUCGAGUCGCGGUUGGAGGAGAAGUCAUUAACGAGGCGCGGCGAUUGUGCGGUGCUGCGCCGCUGGGACUGCCUCGGAUCGUUCCCGGGGCGGGUUUCAAUGUGUGGGGGCACCACAGCCCCGUACCACCCAGUCCUACUCUUUGCUUCGAGACGGGCUUCUAGUCACGGCUUGAAAUCACAGAUUAGCCCCUGGACGGUGGCUGGACGAGCCGCAGCAGGCAAAGGUCAUUUUUGCGCCCUUGGGUGGCGGGAGCCGGACAUGUUUAUGGCUGUAGAGGUCCUUCCUCGAGUAUCGGCUCUACGAUGGCGUAAGCGAUUCUGA